AUGGCUGAAGUUCUUAUUAUUGCUGCGAGUGAGUCCUUAAUGAACAGGUUGGUUUCUAUUACCUCCGAUGGGAUAUAUCUUGUUGGGAGUGUCAAAGAUGAAAUGCUAAAACUCCAAGGAACUUUACUCGGUAUUCAAGGUGUAUUAAGUGAUGCAGAGAAAAAACAAGUAGAGAAAGAUGCAGUGAAGAUUUGGCUUCGAGAACUUAAAGACAUAAUCUAUGAAGCUGAAGACAUAUUGGAUGGAUUCGCUUAUGAAACUGUGAGGCGUAGAAUGCUUAUUCAAGGUAGCAAACGGAACAGGGUAAAGAACUUCUUCUCUCCCUCGAAUACACUUGCAUUUCGUGUCAAAAUGGCUCGUAAAGUUAAAGAUCUUAACCAAAUGUUGGAUAAAGUGGCAAAAGAAAAAGACAUGUUCUGUUUCGAUGUCAGCACUCGGAGAAAUACUACAAGUAAUGAUAAUGUUAUCAGAAUCGGAGGAACUUCAUCCCUUGUAGGUGACUCAAAUCUUAUCGGAAGGGAAAACGAUAAGUCAAAGAUAAUAGAUGUAUUAACCAAUAUCUCUAACAGUGAACAGAUUUACCGUAUACUUCUCAUCGUUGGCAUGGGGGGAAUUGGCAAGACCAAACUUGUUCAAAGUGUCUAUGGUGAUAACGUUGUCAUACGUCAUUUCGAGAAAAGACUGUGGGUAUGCAUAUCUCAAAAUUCUAAUCUGAAGCAGAUUUUUGGACAGUUAUUAGAAUCCAUUACCGGAACGAAGAAAGAUAUUUCAAACUUGGAUGUCAUGGUGAAUAGCCUCAAAGAAAACCUUCAAAAUAAGAGAUAUCUGAUAGUUCUUGAGGAGAUGUGGAACAACAAGCACAAUGAGUGGGACGAUAUGCUGAAAACUUUGUUGCCCAUUGGGGCUCAUGGAAGCAAGGUAAUCGUGACAACACGAAGUAAUGAAGUUGCUUUAGUGACAAGGUCUGUAUACAGAUAUAGUUUUAACCGGUUGUCCGACCAAGAAUGUUGGAGGCUCUUCGAGAAAAUUGCUUUUGGGUCUGGAGGAGUAGAGAAGACGGAAAAAUUAAUCAAGAUCGGAAAGAACAUUGCGAAAAAGUGUGGAGGAUUGCCAUUAGCAACAAAGCUUCUUGGGGGUAUGAUGUACUCCAAAAGGGGUGAGAAUGAGUGGCUGUCAGUUGAAAAUAACAACAUAUGGAAUCAUCCCGAAGGCGAAGAAAAGAUUAUAAAGAUACUGAAGCUAAGGUAUGAUCACCUGGAGCCACAUUUAAAACAAUGUUUUGCACACUGUUCUCUAUUCCCGAAAGAUCACAUUUUCAAAAGAAAGAAAGUAAUUCAGCUGUGGAUGGCCGAAGGGUUCCUCCUUAGUCCCAGUAAAGAAAGCGCAGAAAUGGAGAAGAUCGGUAAUGAAUAUUUUAACACUUUGCUGAGAUAUUCAUUCUUCCAAGAUGAGCAGAAAAAUGAGUUGGGAGGUGUCAAGUCGUGUAAGAUGCAUGAUCUUGUGCAUGACCUUGCACAAUCCGUUCUAGAACUGAAUGCUCGAUGA